UGCGAGGCUCGUGUCGCCACUGGACUACUCAGAGCACCUGGUCACGUCUCCGGGAUUUGGUCAUGGAGGCCCAGCGGUAUCCCCUCAGUGUCCGUUUAAUCGGAGUGAUGCACAAGGAGAAGAGCAAAAUGUACAUGACCUCCGUGCUUUGGUCCGAUCAGAGUGACGUCGUUGUUUACAGAACUUUUCAGGAUUUCAAGAAACUGCACAAACAAAUGAAGAAAGCGUUCCCGACAACAAGUAAACUGAGAAAAUCGGAGAGAGUCAUCCCCAGAUUUCGCGAGAGGAGGAUGAAGCGGGGCGGUCAAAGGAAAGGUCCCAAUAAAUCGCUCGUGCGCCUCAAGUUCUUGCAGAAAUAUUGCAACGAGCUCCUGAGCUGCGACCAGCGGGUCACUCAGUCUGCUGACCUCAUCCAGUUCUUCCACCCCAAAGACCAGGACCUGCAGCCGGAGUUUGCUAAGAACAGCAUCAUCAUCAUGCCAACAGAUGAUGAAAUCAGGGGGAACGCAGGACAAGGUGGCAACGUGACCCAGCCGUUUGUCACAGAGACGUACAGAUGUGUGGCCCCGUACGAGACCAAAGACACCAAGAACAAAGCGUUCAAAGUGGCAUUGGAUGAAAAAGUGGACGUACUUAUCAAGGACAAAGCAGGGUGGUGGCUUGUGGAGAACGAAGACAAGAAGAUGGCCUGGUUCCCUGCCCCCUAUUUGGAGAAGCUAUAUGAGGAUGAUGAUGAGGAUGAAGAUGACAUAGAUGGGACUACUGAAAGAGGAACGCUGUGCACUGCGAUCAAGAGCUACAAGGCCACCAAAGAUGAUGAGAUAACCGUGAACAUCGGUGCAGUGGUGGAGGUCCUGCAGAAGUCCGACAACGGCUGGUGGCUCAUCAGAUAUAAUGGUAAAGCAGGUUACAUCCCCACCAUGUACCUGCAGCCCUACAACUACCCUCAUAUCCGCAUGGCAGUCCACAAUCAAGAUCGUCGUACCUCCUACCAGCUCCCAGUCCCCUCCUCCACGCUGGUUCAGUCCCACCAGCUCAGCCGCUCUCAAGGGAACCUGCUGCAACUUCCACCAUUAAGGUCGUCCUCACCCCGCCCGCUCCAACCAGACAGCAAGCAGAGGUCGCACUCUCUUAACACCCUGUCUGAGCAACUUCCUGCUCAGCCUGCACACAGUGCCCCUGCUACCAGCGUUGCCUCCACACCUGCCACCGCACAGCACAGUCCUCCACCCACCAUCAUGGUGGAGAUGGAAGGAGAGGAGGAACAUGGCAAGAGCCUGAGGUCAGACAGCAUGGGAAGCUUUGUGAGCAGCAGCAGCAGCAGCAACUUCAGCUUCAGCGAUGACCUCAUGUCCUCGGCGAGCUCAUCCCUCAACCUGAGCCACAGCGCCAACGACGAGCAGCUGCGCCUCAGCCGUACGCCUCAGCCCGUGGCAAGCAACCGCCUCAGCCCAACAAGCGGCUUGGAGGGGAAAAUGAUCCCCAGCGUCUCUGAUCCCAACCUCUACAAGGGGCCCACAACACCAAAGGUGCCGCCCAGGCCGCAAGCUCAGGAGAUCCUCACCCGCUGCAGCACUGUCACCCGCAAGAACGCAGCCAGAGGCGGUGUGUCACCCACACCGACCGAGAUACUGAGCCGAUGAAGUUUCUGUUGACACCAACGUCGGCUUUAUUUUUAUAAUUUAAACACCAGUGUGUAGGAUUUAGUGGUGUCUAGCUGUGAGGAGAACCUAUGGUGGCCCCUUUGUCCAUUCUGGGCUACUAUAGAAGAUGGCAGACCUGCUUCCUAUGUAAAUAUGAAGGGGUAAAUCUAAGCUUAAACUAUUCUUAGUUUCACGUGAUUAAAUCUUUAAGACUGAUCAGAAAACUAAAUGCAUUAUUUGCCUUGAUAGCACUGUGGGAAUAUGCGAUAGAAAUGAAGUUGUGUCAAUACCCCUUGAAUAGAAUAUUUUCUGAAUAGAAAAAAUAACUUCUCAGUUUUGUUAAUGUUGUCUGAGAUGUAUAAUGUGCAUGUUUACAACAAAAUCAGCUACAUUUAAAUCAGCUUUAAUGUAUAAACAUGAUGAUCAAUCAAGAUACACUAAACAUGUAUAACUCACCUCUUUACUAUCUGUUUUGAAUGAUGAUUUAUUUUCCAUACUGGAAAUCUUAUGUUGAGCCUUAUAUGCAUUUUCACUGUGCCGAGUGCACAGAGUGUGAUCGAUUUGUUCCUGUAACUGCAGAAAAAGUAAAUGUUUGUAUGACA